AUGGAUACAACGAGCCCCCUCGAUGUGGAAAGUAUUCAGCCGCUAGAUUACACAGCAACGCAGAGCACGGAGGGACCGAACGCAGAAUUGGACUCAGCCUACGAAGUACCGGUGUUGGACUUAUCCUGUAGACGUGAUUCAUCUCAGAAAUCACUCUCACACUCGUUACAAACUACGGUGCAAAAGUCAGAGGAGGAAAAAUGUUCCAAACCUUACGUUGACGAUGAAAGGAAAAGCCCGUCGGAGGGUCGCUCGUACAUGGUGACACCUCCGUCGGAGGGCGACUCGCCGACAAAAGCUCGGUAUGAACCGAUAUAUAACCAGAUCAACUCAACUACGAGCGAUUUGCCGAUGCCAAUAUACCCGGUCCUCGGUCUAAACGCAGCAGUGACUCUCGCGAGUACGCAAAGUGCCCUGCAAACGAAUUUGCACAAUGCGAUAAGCCAGGGUUAUCACAUUUCGAGAAGUCGGUCAAUGAACGCCGCUGAAUUGAAGCACUUGGAUAACCAGAUGUACGGUUUGUCCGUAACGCACGCCGCUCCGGUCACGCCGGCUCAGAGUCCGCAAGAAUUAGGUAAGAAACUAGCGAGACCAUUCAAAGCGUAUCCGAAGGAUCCGCUGACACUGAACGCCAGAAAGGCAGAGCUGGCCGUCGAUCCGACAUCGAACGAGGCGUAUAGCGAGUUCAGGAAGCGGAUGCUGGAAUCCGUUAAAAAGACGAACGAGGGGACGAACAUUAAAAUGAGGAGGACAACCAAAAGCCCGGGUCUACCCACCAGCACCAUGGAUGACAAGGAUGCUGCCUACUGGGAAAGGAGAAGGAAGAACAACGAAGCUGCGAAGAGGUCCAGAGACGCUAGGAGAGCGAAGGAGGAUGAAAUCGCCAUCCGCGCUGCCUUUCUGGAGCAGGAAAACAUUAAACUUAAGGUCGAAUUGGUCGCGCUUAGGAAUGAAACUGCGAAACUCAGGUGCAUGGUAUACUCGAGUUAAAAAAUAUCCGACCGAUAUUUUUUAUCCAAGAUUUAUGUAGGAGAUCUGCUUUUGAGCAGGCAAUGCUGGCAUGCCUGACGUCUGGCAGGAUUCAUUUGAUAAUUAGUGAAAUUGGUUUCUAUCGCAUUUGUUCACCCAUGUUUUCACCUCUGCUCUAAAGUAAAGAAAGUUGAGCUACAGACUUUUGAACCUUAACGACGCUCUGAAAUAAUCUCUUUGCAACCAUAGAAAUAAUGUAGAUACGAUAUGUUCAUCACAUUUUUUGCAAACGAAUGUAAUAAAUUUUUUCCUCUCGCUAUUACAUUUCUGACGAUUCGUCAUCAAUUUGCAUUUAAAGUACCAUAUUUAUAGAAUACUCGUACCGAACUCCGAGCACAGUUUUCAUAACUAUAGCUAGCUGUGGCAACUUCCGUUUUGAAUGCACUUGAAGACGAUGAACAUUACACAAAUCCUAAACUUUACCUAGUUAUACUAUAAGAAUCAUAAAUUGUUGUAAGAGAAGCAUAUUAUCCACAAGUUACUGCAGACACUGUGGUCUUUUCAAAUUACUCGCUUCAGAAAUUUAUAGACAGUCCUGACUAGUAAUAAAAUUUUCAGAACCACAUGUUAGAGUAACUUAUAAAGUAAUGCAUCUUGUG